GAUAGAAUUCUCCUCUAAUAACAAGACAUAGAACUUUUGGCUUGAACUUGCAGCUGAUUCUGAAUUCUUUCAGCAAAUGGCAGAGAUUAUUUUAUGCCCUCUAUUGGAAGUAGUUCUUAACAAAGUAGCUUCUCGGCUUUUGAAAGAAGUAGCUCUUACAUAUGGGUUUGAGGAUGAGAUAGACAAGCUUCGACAUUCACUAAGCAUCAUUCAAGCAGUUGUUGAAGAUGCAGAGGAGCGACAAGUGAAUGAAAAGGCCUUAAGAAUAUGGCUGGCUGAUCUUAAAGAAGUUGCUUAUGAUAUUGAUGGUUUAUUUGAUGUGUUCGACUUGGAUGUUGUAAUGUCAAGAAGCCAUUACGGCUUUGGCAUGAAGAAAUUCCUUCCUUCGUUGAAACCAGUUGCAGCUUAUCUUGAAUUGCUCCCUAAGCUAAAAGAAAUUAGAAAAAGACUAGAGUUUUUGGCAGCUGAAAAGGUUAGGUUUAGCUUGAAACAACAGGUUGUUGAAACAAGGUGUGAUGCUGAAGAGAAAAGACAAACUGGGUCUUUUGUGAUUGAAUCAGAAGUUGUUGGAAGAGAUCAAGAUAAAGAAGCUAUAUUAGAGUUAGUAUUGUCAAAUGGAGGAAGUGGGUUUAAUGGUAGAUUUUCUGUUAUCCCUAUAGUUGGAUUAGGAGGUCUAGGGGAAACCACCCUAGCUCAACUUGCUUAUAAUGAUGAGAGGGUGACAGAGUAUUUCGAACUGAGGAUAUGGGUCUGUGUUAAUGAGGAGUUCAAUGUGAGGAGGAUCAUGAAGAUGAUUAUAGAAUCUGUUACUGUUAGUAGGUCUGAUUUCUUAGGCAUGGAUGUUCUUCAAUCUCAACUUCGAAGCUUGUUGCGAGGGAGAAGAUACUUACUUGUAUUAGACGAUGUGUGGAACGAAGAUCCGGAUGAAUGGGAUAAGCUGAGGAUUUCGCUGAGUGAUGGUGGUGAAGGAAGCAAAGUCAUAGUCACUACCUGCAGUACAAAGGUUGCAUUGUUAGUGGGAACAGCUUCCCCUUUUUAUAUAAAGACUUUGUCAGAUGAUGAUUGCUGGUUGUUGUUCAAGCAAAGGGCUUUUGCACCUGGGGAAGAUUACCCUAAGUUAGAGGCAAUUGGGAGGGAAAUAGUUAGAAAGUGUGGAGGAAUACCUAUGGCAGCGAAAGCACUUGGUAGUCUUAUGCGUUUCAAGCGUGAGGAAGAGGAGUGGCUAUAUGUGCAGGAAAGCGAUAUUCAGAAUGCAUGUGAAGGUGAAGAUGGGGUUCUUCGUGCUUUGAGGUUGAGUUACAGUCACUUGCCCUCACAUUUGAAAUGUUGCUUUGCUUAUUGCUCCGUAUUUCCUAAAAAUUAUGUGAUUAAGAAGGAAAAUUUGAUUCAUCUUUGGAUUGCAGAAGGCUUGAUACAAUCCAAAGAAAGAAAAUCACUUGAGGACAUAGGCAAUGAAUACUUCACUGACUUAAUGUGGAUGUUUUUCUUCCAAGAUGUGAAUAAAGAUUGUGACGGUAGUGUAACAGAAUGCAAAAUGCAUAACCUUAUCCAUGAUCUUGCGCAGUCUGUCGCUGGAGAUGAAUCUGUCGUACUGGUACAUGGUAAUGUGUCGAAACACCUAGCCAGAACUCAUCAUUCGUCUGUUGUUUGUGAUUCUGAGUUGCAAACCAUUCCAGAAUCCUUGUAUGAAGCAAAGAAGCUACGAACCCUGAAUCUACUUUUUUCCAAGGGUAAUCUUGGAGAGGCCCCUCCCAAAGUUUUUUCAAGUUUCAGAUGUCUGCGUGCAUUAAAUCUUUGUGGUAGUGGCAUCAAAAAGCUGUCUGAUUCAAUUGCCAGCUUGGUAUCUUUGAGGUAUCUCAACAUCUCAAACACCCUCAUAGAAACAUUACCUGAAACUGUUUGCGAGCUUAGUCACCUGCAGGUGCUGGACCUCUCAUAUUGCUGUGAUCUGACUGAACUACCGAGACUAUUAACAAAGAUAUUUAAACUAAGGCAUCUGAUCAUAAAUGGUUGUGACAGACUGUCUCACUUGCCCGAUAAUAUUGGUAGAUUGUUGCAGCUUCAAACGUUGCCAAUAUUCAUUGUAGGCACCCAAGCAAGCCAAAGCCUCAAACAGCUGUACCGCCUACCAAUUGGCGGUGAGCUAAAGAUUCAACGGUUGGAAAAUGCAGUAUUUGUACCUGGAGCAAUAGAUGCAAACUUGAGAGACAAGCCAAAGCUUAGAUCAGUGGGUCUCUCAUGGGGUUCUAAUCAUGAUGGUUCAAUGAUGAGAAAUGAUGAAAAUGACAGAGUGGCUGAGGAAUUGCUCAUGAGUCUUCGACCUCACCAAAAUCUGAAGAGUCUGUCUAUUGAAGGUUAUCCUGGUGGCUACUUCCCUAGAUGGAUUCGUGGUUCUAAUCUCCCUAAUCUGACUAAUAUAAAGUUGAUUAAUUGUAGAAGAUGUGAACAGCUCCCUGCUCUUGGACAAAUACCUUUCGUGAAGGUUAUCUACAUGCGUGGCAUGCCUGCAGUGAAGAACAUUGGGAGUGGAUUUUGUGGUAGAGGCUCAGGAAGACCAUUCCAAUCACUGCAAGAACUCACUUUCAUUGAGUUUCCCAAUUUAGAAUUUUGGCAGGGCACAAAUGCGAAAGAAGAAUUUCCUUCACUCUUCAAGCUAACUGUUAAUGGAUGUCCAAGGUUGAAAAACUUGCCUUUUUUUUCGUCGCUGCAGCAUCUAGAGUUGAGGAACUGCAACGAAAUGAUUCUAAGGUCAGCCACAAACCUAUCCACUCUCUUAAAUCUUGUUAUUGAUGUUUUUACUGGAGAGUUGGUUAUCUUGGAAACCUUGCUUCAAAACAAUCCUUGUCUCACGUAUUUAACAAUUUGCUCCUGUCCAAAUUUUCGCUCCAUAUCCUCAAAGUUAGGAAGCCUGAUCGCUCUUAAAUCAUUAACAAUCCGUUGGUGUCAACAGCUAAUCUCUCUGCCACAAGAAAUUCAGAACCUCUCCUCGUUGGAAUCUUUGGAGAUCAGUGAGUGCAGCAACCUUAAAACUUUGCCAGAGGGCAUUCGAGGUUUGAGUUCGCUGCGAUCCCUUUCCAUUGAGAACUGCAGCAACUUAACAUCUGUACCAAACGAGCUGCAACAUCUCACAGCUCUCGAGCAUUUAGUGAUAAUGUACUGCCCAAGUUUGGAUUCUCUGCCAGCCAACUUCAGAAACUUCUCCAUGCUAAAGAGUUUGUUCAUUUUGGGCUGUCCCAAGCUGGCAUCUCUCCCUGAGGAGCUACAACAUGUCACAUCCCUGCGAAGCUUGGAAAUCCAUAGCUGCCCUGCUUUUGAAAAUUUACCCGGAUGGAUAGGAAACCUUUCUGGUCUUAGUUCUUUAGCAUUGUCAGAUUGUCCUGGUGUCGUUUCACUCCCAGAAGGCCUGCACCAUCUGACUAGCCUCCAACAUCUUUCCAUCAGGGACUGUCCAAGGCUUGAAAAUCGCUGCAAGAAAAAUGUUGGUGAGGAUUGGUUGAAAAUCGCUCACAUUCCAUACAUCUACAUUGGAUCAACUACACCUAAGAAUUACAAUAAUGCGAGCAGCUCCUCUUGUUAAGAAAGGUGUGUUUACUCAAAAUUUAUUAGUUAGCUCUUAGCUGCUUCUACCGACACUUGAGAGUUAAGUGCAACUGCAGGUAAAUUCUAGAAUUGAUGGCCACUUGAUUAGGCACCAUUUAUUUCUUCUCUUUUGUAUAAAGAUAAUCUAGGAUACUUCUUGAUAUGCAUCCAAACAAUUAAUACAGUUAUUAAGAGGGUUGUAACUUAUUUAUAAAUCUGGACUUCGGAGAAAGUGAAAUCAAAUAUUUAUCUAAA